AUGAGCGAAGUAACCCUUCAUUACUUUGGCUUAUAUGCAAAAGCAGAAGUAACUCGAAUGAUCCUGCAUUAUACCAAUACUCCUUUUAAUGAUCGAAUUUACAGCGACGAUGAUACAUGGCUACAAUAUAAAAAAUCAGGACUUUUUGAGUUCGAACAAUUGCCGAUGCUUGAAAUAGAUGGACUUAGACUGGUUCAAAGCUUAUCUAUAGAAAGAUAUUUAUGCCAAAAAUUUGGGUAUUACCCUAGUGAUCCUUAUGAAAUUCAUCUCACAGAGUCUUUACAAAAUAUUUGGCAAGAUUUCAUUCAGCAUAAAGUAGAAUGAACGUGAAUUAAAAAAGACUUAGAAGGAUGGGAUAAUUGGUGUGAUAAUGAAUUACCGAGAAUUAUACAAUCAAUAGAAGCAAGAUAUAUAAAUAAUGGAUGCAAUGGCCACUUUGUAGGAAACUCUACGACUUUAGGAGAUUUUUGCACUUUUAGGUCGCUUUAUGAUCAUUUCAUGAUCUCGCCUUGAUCUGAAAAAAUGAUGCCAUUUCUUAGAAAUCAUGCACCAAAACUAUUAGAAUUUGCAGAAAAUUUUUUGAAUUCUUCACUUUCACUUAAAAAUUAUCUAGCAAAUAGACCUGAAAGGCGAUUUUAA